AUGACGAUGAAACUUAAGUCGUCUCAGAUGAUUCUCGGGACGAUUCUGCUCGCACUGUGUCUGUUUCUCACGUAUAACUCGACGUACUUCAUGUCCGAACGUUUCGCGUUUUCUGCCUCCUCCUCUUCCUUUGCAAGAGGAGAAAAGAUGAGCGCGAAGAAGAAGGAAGGAUUAGUGGGAAAUCCGCGCGAUGCCAUCCGAGCCGCCCGAGAGAGAAUACGGGACGUGGCCUCAAAAUAUCGAGAGGGUGAUACGAGCACGUUGCAAGGGAUGAGAGAGAAUCGAGCGAGUCGAGAGAAUUUGUUGAACGCGGCGGAACGAGCGGACGCGAGAAUGAUGGAAAUGAAAGGUGAAAUUGAUAUUGAAGAGAAAAACGAAGCGAACGCAAACUUAGUGAGAGUAUACGGUGAGGAAGAGUUUCCAAUGGAGAACGAAAAGUGUUGGCCGAACGAGCAUUCCGGGUACGAUGGGUUUGCGCUGACUUGGGGGAUGACGUUUCGGACAAAGACGGCGAGCGAGUGUUGCGACGCGUGUCGAAAACACGCGGAGAUAUGCGGCGGGGAAGGCGCAAACUCCGGGACGAUGUUUUUCAACACUAGUUUUGGAGUGCGCGGGAACUGCGGUACCGCGCCGUUUGAAAAGAAGUUGUUGUGCAACAUUUGGGUAUACUGUCCCCCGAAUGAAAAGCGGGACGGAAAAUGUUGGAGUGGGGACAUUCACGACCACGAGCAACACGAGUGUUGGUUGAAGAAUCAGGCCGACCCGACGAAGCCGUUCGCUCCGAGCAGCGGGAGGUAUCCAGAUAAGCAUUUGCAGGAACAUAAAACGAGUCCAGACGUUGUACAAUGGCUUUCUGGUGCAGUCGUUAAACCGGGUGAAGUGGUUGUUGCUCGAGAUCCUCAUUGGGGGAUGGCCGCGAACGAAGCUAUAUAG